AUGAAAAUCCAUCACCUCAUCAAUAUUUCUCACUAUUUCCUCCUUUCGUUGUGCUUAUUGGGUAUUCGACUUGCAACCAGUACUGCUGUGAAAGCGAAAUCAGCGUGCAUUGAGGAAGAAAGGAAUGCACUUUUGAGCUUCAAACAAGAUCUUACUGAUCCGUCUGGCAGGCUUUCUUCUUGGGUGGGUCAUGAUUGCUGCCGCUGGGAAGGGAUUUCAUGCAACAACCGCACCGGUCAUGUUUCCCAAAUGGAUGUUGCCUACAACAAUCUCUUUGGUAAUAUUCCCACUUCAGUGGGAUUAUUAACUUCUCUUGAAAUAUUGAAGCUCAACAACAAUAAUUUUGGCGGUAAGAUUCCCGAUUCUUUGCACAAUUGCUCUAUUUUGAAAAGUAUCGAUGUUGGAGACAACAAAUUAUCUGGGAGCAUACCUCCAUGGAUAGGAGGAUCAAAUGUAUCCAUGUUGUACAUGCUACGAUUGCGAUCCAACUUUUUUACUGGACAUAUUCCCCGACAAUUGUGCAAUCUUGGCUACCUUCACAUCCUCGACCUCAGCCACAACAACUUUUCAGGUACUAUUCCUAAAUGUUUCAAUAAUUUGACUUCUCUCAUCCGUAAUGUUACCAUAUUCCCAAAUUACAAUAAUGAGCCAACCACGCUGACAUUAAAAGGACAAGAACUCGUGUAUAACACCACUCUGAUGUUGGUCAAGAGCAUAGAUCUUUCAUCAAAUUUUUUGGAAGGUGAAAUCCCUAAAGAGAUUGGUAGCCUCAUUCUAUUGGGUACCCUGAACUUGUCGAGAAAUCAAUUGACUUGUAAGAUCCCCUCAGAGGUUGGAAAUAUGCAUGGGCUCGAAACUCUUGAUCUCUCAAACAACCGUCUUUCAGGACAAAUUCCUGAAACCCUUGCAUCUUUAACAUUCUUGGCGCACUUGAAUUUGGCUUAUAACAACUUGGUGGGGAGAAUUCCUUCGGGAAACCAACUUCAAACGUUCACUGAUCCGUCCAUUUAUAUGGGCAAUCCAUCAUUGUGUGGGGUUCCUCUUCCAAGAAAAUGCUCCCAAGAUGACACUUUUACUGCUACAAAUGCAAAACCCAGUAAUGAAGAUGGAAGUGAUAAGUUGUGUUCUAUGUCAGCAUGGUACUUGGCUUUGCCAUGGGCUUUUGGGGCGUUUGUGGCACAUUACUUGUAA